AAUGGAAGUCCUCAACCACUCCUGUCCGCGUGGCAUGGACAAUGCCUGGAAUGUCUCUGCUCCAUUUCACCUCCCUCCGUCCUGAAACUAAGAUUGAUUAUGACUGAACAGUGUCUUUGGGUGCUCGUUAUGGUUGGGAGAAUAGACAGGCAGUCCAGUGUUUGAAUCUUUCCUCGCAAAAAGAAAAGCAUGGAAUAAUCUGAUGUUUUCCAAUCUGACAACACAAAAGUAGACACGUAGACAACGGUAGAUUCUUCUGUCAGCCAUUUUUCCCCUCCUUCUUAUUCCUAUAUCGUGUUGUAUAAUUGGGCACCAGUGCCCCCUGUUUCAUUUUCGUUGUUGUGGGACUUUUAGUUCUUUUGACAAGUUCAUCACCUUUCCCUUGUUCCUUUCUCUUGAUAAAGGGAUUGACAUCUUCUGGAGAUCAUGGGGACCGCUCCACUGAGAGUUCCUUUGGACAUGGAAGGACAGGAAAACGAUGGUGGAUCUUCAGUUUUUUCAGGGCUUAGUGACGGGAUUCCAACCGUCCAGAAGACAAUUGGCGAAGCAUCAACUUCUGGAAAAUCAGAGACAAGUUCCUGCCAAAUUACGAAAACUGAGAAUUGCAAGCACAAAAAAACUCUAGGUCUAUUUGCAGCAAACUUCUUUGAUGAGAAAAUUUCUGUGUCAAAAAAGCUCCAGUGGCUCAAUCAAGUUGCUACUGUUAAAACUGAUGGAACCGUACAGCUCGAAGUUUCACUCGACAUCAAGCCUCAAAACCUUGAUUUCGAGCCUGAAUUCCCAUCCAUUGGACCAACAGAUGAAGACCCUGGUAUGGCAGACAUUCAAGAUUUACCUCCGCUGCAAAUAGUAAUGCUCAUUGUUGGAACACGAGGAGACGUACAGCCAUUUGUUGCUAUUGGAAAACGUUUUCAGGAACAUGGCCACCGGGUAAGACUAGCAACUCAUUCAAACUUCAGAGAGUUUGUCUUGACUGCUGGAUUAGAAUUUUAUCCUCUGGGUGGAGAUCCGAAAGUUCUUGCUUGGUACAUGGUGAAGAACAAAGGCAUCUUACCUUCAGGACCUUCAGAAAUUCAAAUUCAGAGAAAUGAAUUGAAGGAUAUUAUUCUCUCUUUACUUCCUGCAUGUAUGGAUCCCGAUCCUCAUUCUAAGAUGCCGUUUGAAGCAGACGCAAUAAUUGCUAAUCCUCCAGCAUGUGGGCAUAUUCAUGUUGCUGAGGCACUAAAAAUACCAAUUCAUAUAUUUUUCACAAUGCCAUGGACCCCUACUGGUGAAUUUCCACAUCCUCUAUCCCGUGUGAAGCAACCAGCUGGGUAUAAACUGUCUUAUCAAAUUAUUGAUGCAUUAAUUUGGCUUGCGACACGAGACAUGAUUAAUGAGUUCAGAAAGAAAAAGUUGAAGCUUAGACCUGUCACAUAUUUAUGUGGAUCCAAUAGCCCUCCUCCUGAUGUGCCUGUUGGUUAUACAUGGAGUCCUCACCUUGUCCCUAAACCUAAAGAUUGGGGACCCAAGAUUGAUGUAGUUGGCUUUUGUUUUCUUGACCUUGCAUCAAGUUAUGAACCACCAGAUUCACUGUUGAAAUGGCUAGAAGAAGGUGACAAGCCCAUCUACAUUGGUUUUGGUAGCCUUCCAGUUCAAGAACCACAGAGAAUGACAGAUAUCAUAAUCAAAGCUCUUGAAGCAACUGGGCAAAGGGGCAUCAUUAGUAAAGGAUGGGGUGGUCUUGGAAACUUGUCAGAACCGAAGGAGUCCGUGUACCUUCUUGAUAACUGUCCCCAUGACUGGCUUUUUGCAAGAUGUAGUGCAGUGGUACAUCACGGAGGUGCUGGUACAACUGCUGCUGGUCUUAGAGCUGCAUGUCCGACGACCAUUAUACCUUUCUUUGGAGACCAGACCUUCUGGGGUGAACAAGUAUAUGCCAGAGGAGUAGGUCCGGCACCCAUUCCAGUUGAUGGUUUCUCUCUUGAGAAGUUAAUUGAUGCCAUAAGAUUCAUGCUGGAUCCUAAGGUGAAAGAGCGUGCAAUGGACCUUGCUAAAGCCAUGGAAAAUGAAGACGGAGUGGGUAGAGCGGUGAACGCCUUCUAUAAGCAUUUUCCUCGCAGGAACUCGAGUUCAGAAUGUGAAUUAGUGCCUGCUCCAUCUAGCUUUCUCUCGAUUAGACGAUGCUUCGGCUGCUCAUAAACUUGCAAGUCAAGUCAUUGCUCUCAUUUUAUGUAAUCACCUCCAAUUGUUAGAUUCGUUGCGCAACUUGCAUCCUCAAAAUGAGCUGAGGCAAGAACAUGGAUUUCAUUGAACUAAUUCGUUGGACCAAUAUCAGAUUAUUUUUGAAGUU